AUGCUGUCCUGGCGGCUGCAGACGGGGUCCGAGAAGGCUGAGCUGCAGGAGCUCAACGCCCGGCUCUACGAAUACGUAUGUCGAGUGCGGGAGUUGGAGCGCGAAAACCUGCUCCUGGAGGAGGAACUGCGCAACCGGCGCGGACAGGAGGACCUGUGGGCCGAGGGGCAGGCCCGCUUCGCCGAGGAGGCGCGCAGCUUGCGGCAGCAGUUGGACGAGCUCAGUUGGGCCACGGCACUGGCAGAGGGUGAGCGCGACGCUCUGCGACGCGAAUUGCGGGAGCUGCAGCUGCUGGCCACCGAAGCGAACGCCGCCCGCGGCCGCCUGGACGCCGAGCUGGGCGCUCAGAAGCGCGAGCUGCAGGAGGCGCUUGGCGCGCGAGCCGCCCUCGAAGCUCUGUUGGGCCGACUUCAGGCUGAGCGCCGCGGCCUCGACGCGGCCCACGAGCGCGACGUGCGGGAGCUUCGCUCUCGCGCCUCCAGCCUGACCAUGCACUACCGAGCCCGCGCCGCCGGCCCCGCCGCGCCCCCGCCGCGUCUGCAGGAGGUGCACGACAGCUACGCGCUGCUGGUGGCCGAGUCGUGGCGGGAGACAGUGCAGCUGUAUGAGGACGAGGUGCGCGAGCUGGAAGAAGCGCUGCGGCGCGGCCAAGAGAGCCGGCGCGAAGCCGAAAAGGAGGCGCAACUCUGCGCCAAGGAAGCCGAGGCGCUGCAGCACGAGGCGCUCGAGCUAGAGCAACUGCGCGCGCGGCUGGAGGAUGAGCUGCUGCGGAUGCGCGAGGAGUAUGGGCUGCAAGCUGAGGAGCGUCAGAGGGUGAUCGAUUGCCUGGAGGAUGAGAAGGCGGCCCUCACCUUGGCCAUGACUGACCGACUGCGGGACUAUCAGGAACUUUUGCAGGUGAAGACUGGCCUCAGUCUGGAAGUGGCCACCUACAGGGCCUUGUUGGAAGGAGAAAGUAAUCCGGAAAUAACAAUCUGGACUGAGUACACCGAAAAUGUGCCACAAGAAUUCAGAAACGAAUCCUAUCGAUAUACUGACUCAGUAUUACAGAGGAAAAAUGAAAGAAAUCUGUUUCCAAGGCAGAAAGCCCCCUUGGUGGGUUUAAACCACAGCUCCGCUCUGUAUUCUCAUGGGUCAGGGCACCUCGGAUCUCAGACCACCAAGUCUGUUGGAAAUGAGGCCAGAAGAGGAUAUUCUUCCUCCAUCACUACCCGGCAGGAAAACUCUUACGAAAAAAUUGUCAACGGUCAAACCAAUUUCCGAACUUUCUCUCCAACCCCCGGUCUUCUAAGAACAACCAACACCCAAGUUAAAACAUUCCCCAGUAGACCCAAACCCGAAGGUACAAGGGAUGCCCCCACCUAUUUAGGCAAAGAGUCCACCGUUGCCCGCGAGUCAUACCAAGAACGCAGGGACAAUGUGGGAGCAGGUGUUGUGGAGAGCACUCGGCCAAAUGAGAGGACCGUCACUUUGGGGAAAAAAAUAGAAGUGCAAACCACCAGGGAGCAAGAAAGAAAUAGAUUAGGAGCCAUCAAAAUUAAGCCCGAAGAGAAAAUGUUUGAUUCCAAAGAAAAGGCUUCAGAGGAAAGAAACUUAAGAUGGGAAGAACUGACAAAGUUGGAUAAAGAAGCCAGAAAGCGAGAAAGCCAGCAAAUGAGGGAAAAGGUCAAAGAGAAGGAAUCACUGAAGGAGAAAAGUGUGAAAGAAAGAGAGAUACCGAUUAGUCUGGAAGUAUCCCAGGGCAGCAGACCCCAGGUGUCCCCGAAAGGCUUACAGAUGCCAGAGAAGAAGGAUGCUGGUGACAGUAAAGUGGGAGAGACGGUGACAAAAGAGACAAGGUUCAGGUUGGACACCAGUGACACUGCUAGUUCCCUGCCAAGUGAUUCCAUGACAGAAACCAUAGCAGAAAACAUUGUCACCAAUAUCCUGAAGCAGUUUACCCAGUCUCCCGACACCGAAGUGUCUGCUAAUUCUUUCCCAGACACAAAAGUCACUUAUGUGGAUAGGAAAGAGCUUCCUGAUGACCGGAAAACAAAGACGGAAAUAGUCGUGGAGUCUAAACUGAUGGAAGAAAUUGAUGUUUCAGACGAAGCUGCUCUGGACCGCCUUUUAGGCAAGGAUGUCAAGGAAGUGGGGCUGAAGGGAAAGUCAGCAGAGCGGAUGAUAGGGGAUAUCAUCAACCUUAGUCUGAAGGGAAGAGAGGGGAGAGCAAAGGUUGUCAACGUGGAGAUCAUGGAAGAGCCGGUGAGCUACGCAGGCAGUCGCGGGGCGGAGGAGUUUUCCACCCCCUUUGAAGUGGAGGAGGUUGAUGAUGUGUCUCCCAGCUCCAAGGGGCUUGUCGAGGAAGAGGACGAUGAUGGAGACACCAAUGUCAUGUUCUCAGUUAAUCAGCGUCAAAGGACCAAGCUACCCCGGGAGAACGUAACACACGUGGAAGAAGUGACGGAGGCAGGUGACUCAGAGGACGAACAGAGUUAUUUUGUUUCGACCCCAGAUGAGUACCCCGGGGGCCAUGAUGGAGAUGAAGGCUCCGUGUAUGGGCAGAUUCACAUUGAAGAAGAAUCCACCAUCAGGUACUCCUGGCAAGAUGAAAUUGUACAGGGGACUUGGAGAAGGAGAAAGAAGGAUGGCACAGUGGAGGAGAAGGAUGUGGAGACCCUGGAAGUUCCAGCAGCCUCCCUGGGGGGCAGCAUGGGUUCUGCUCACUGGAAGGAAGAAGCUAGUGGUGAAUUGCAUGCGGAACCCACAGUCAUCGAAAAAGAAAUCAAAAUACCACAUGAAUUCCACACCUCCAUUAAGGGCGGCUUCUCCAAGGAGCCUCGACACCAGCUGGUGGAGGUUAUUGGGCAGCUGGAAGAAACCCUUCCUGAGCUGCCUGAGCGCAUGAAGAAAGAGCUGUCUACCCUGACCAGAGAGGGUCAAGGGGAGCUGGGGAGCGUUUUAGUUGAUGUGAAGAAAGUCCAGGCCUCUGACGGUGGGCCUGUGACCUUAGUUGCUGAGGUCAACCUCUCACAAACCGUGGAUGCUGAUCAACUGGACCUAGAGGAACUGAGCAGAGAUGAAGCCGGGGAAAUAGAGAAAGCUGUGGAGUCAGUGGUAAGGGAGAGCUUGACCAAGCGACAUGGCCAGUCACCUGAAAGCCCAGACAGGGAAGAUGGAGCUGAAGUGUCAGCUGGUGGCAUUCACUUCAAACGCUGGGCCACAAGAGAACUGUACAGCCCGUCUGGUGAUCUGGAUGACGCCGGCAAGCCCUCUGCCCAAGGCCCGGUGUCAGCCACUGUGGAAGUCAGCAGCCCCAAGGGCUUCGUGCAGUCUCACGUGCUGGAGGACGUCAGCCAGUCCAGUAGGUACAUUAAACUAGGCCCCACAGAAAUCUGGAGGACUGAGCAAGUCUCCCACGGAGGACCCACCGCAGAGGUGGCGGAGGUAAGUAGUGACCUCAGUCAGGCAGGCAGCUCAGCAGGAGCCAGCCAGUCUGUGAGGCACUUCACGGUGGGUCCCCAUCCAAGUCAAGUACCCACAGAAGUCAUCUUUCAAGGCCCGAUCUCUGCCUGGCAGGAGGCAGGGGACAAAGAAGAGCCUGACCUGGCAGAGCUGUCCACCACAGAUCCUGAAAGAUCCGAGAGGCACAGCACCUUUGGCUCCAGGCAGUUUCAUGCUGAAAAGGAAAUUAGUUUUCAGGGUCCCAUUUCGGGGGCAGUGAAGGUUGGUGAGAGUUUUGUAACUGAAGAGUCAGUGGGUACCCAGACUUCUGUAAGGCAUCUUCGGUUGGGCCCUAAAGAAGGAUUUAAGGAGGAAAUUCAGUUUAUAGCCCCCCUUUCAGACAAAGUGGAGUGGGGUAUCAGAGGGGAGUCUGUAUGCACCCAGGAGUCACCAGGGAGCAGCACAUCUGUCAGGCACAUAGACAUUGGGCCUCUGAGGCAGCCAGCCACUGAGCUGACAGUUCCCCAACCUGUGGAAUUUGGUGACUCAGAAUGCAUCGUCCAAGGAGAGGGCUCACCAGACAUGGCCCAGGCCACUCGUAGUUAUACCUUGGGUAGAAAAGUCCUCAUGACUGAAAAGAGUACAUUCCAAAGGCUUGUUUCUGAGUCUCCUCAGGAGGGUAGUGCAGGGGACACGUCAGGGGCAGAAGUGACAUCAGGUAUUAGCAGAUCCUUUAAGCACAUUCAAUUAGGUCCUACAGAGACCAAAACCACUGAACACAUUGUCAUCCACGGACCCGUGGCCAAAACAUUUGCUCUUGCUGGUUCUGCAGAUUCCCCUGAGCUAGGCGAGUUAACAGGCAGCAGCACACAGCGGCACUUUGCACUGGGGCCCAAAGAAACUUCCUUUACUUUUCAGAUGGACGUGAGUAACACAAAGGCGAUCCCCCACUGGACACCAGAGGCAGGGACAGAAGUGGAUGCUCACAGUGUAUCUGACCGUGGUGUCUGGAGAGAUGCUGACAGUAGGAAUGACCCGGCAGCUGGCGGGAGCUUUCAGGCCUCUGCUGGGGAUGGAGAGAAGGGUGCGGAGCAGGCGGGGUUCAAUAAGACAGUGCAGAUGCAGAGAAUGGUAGACCAAAGGUCAGUGAUUUCAGAUGAAAAGAAAGUUGCCCUCCUCUACCUAGACAAUGAGGAGGAGGAGGAGGAUGGACACUGGUUUUGA